AUGAAUCAAACAAACGUUGGUCUUUUUGAUUUACCUAAUGAAAUAUUACUUAUCAUUUUAAAAAAGCUCGAUAAUAUGGAUGUUCUUUAUUCAUUGUUGGAUGUUGAUAAUCAACGACUUGACAUUCUAGCACAAGAAAAUACUUUCACUAAUACUCUCAAUUUUGUAUUAACAACAUUAACUAAUGAUAUUUUCACCCUCACACCUACAAUAAUUAAUCGAUUUUGCACAUAUAUUUUGCCAAGAAUUCAUCACAAUGUUAAAUCUCUUAUUCUUGAUUCAGUAUCUAUGGAACGUAUUCUUCUUGCUGCCGAUUAUCCUAAUUUAACUGAACUUAAACUGUUUAAUUUUAAUGGUAAAAUUGUUUCAUAUUGUUUUACAGAUGCAUCACCAUAUGGACGUAUUUUUCAACGACAAAUUACAGAUCUUAUUCUUGUAUUCGAAAAAUAUUUUAAUGACAUAUCAGGAAAAAAUUAUACAACAGAUGUGUAUGAAUAUAUUUUGAAAUCCUUCGAAAAUCUAAAACAUUUAUCUAUUAUUGGAUCAUAUAUUCAAGACAUUCCACCUUUGGUACUUUGUAAUUUACCUUUAACUACCUUCUUCUCUUCAACUCUUAACAAAUUAUGUAUUCGUGUGGGAAGUUUUGAAGAUUGUCUUGCUUUACUUGAUGGUCGUCUUAAAAAACUAACAACCUUAAUUGUUGUUAUUAAUGAUAUGGAAUAUGAUUCAUCAAAUGUUUACAAUACAGAUGAUCUACCUAAUUUAAAAUGUUUUUCUUUAACAACAUCUUUUUGCUUAACUGAUAUAUAUGAUGCUCAAAUUCCACGUCUUUUUCGUCGUAUGUCAAAUCUUGAAGAAUUAACUUUGUACAUAACUAUCGAGGACCGAACUACAUUUAUCGAUGGUACCGAUAUUUAUAAUGAAAUUCUUGUUCAUAUGCCACGACUUCAUUUAUUUAACUUUUGUAUUUGUACCGACACUAAAAAGGAUCUUUUAGCUCAUCAUUUAUCUAAAGAUGAUAUUCAACAAACUCUUAGUAACAUAAAAUAUCAACAAAUGGAUUGUAUUGUAAACUACCGAUAUUCUACUGCCAUAUGUUAUGUCUUUUCAUUACCAUUCAUGUUUGAAAUUCUCAGAUUUAUUGGUAAUACAUUUCCAACUAUUGUUUUCAGUCAUGUUAGAAGUUUAUCGGUGAAAGAUGAUGUUCCAUUCAAAGAUGAAUUUUUCUGUCGAAUUGCUUGGUCUUUUCCUUUACUUGAAAAAUUAUGUGUUAUUAAUAUUAUACCACAAUCAUCAAUAUCAGAUAAACAGACGUCUAAUGAUAAUCAAUUGCAUUCAAUUGUUAAAUAUCCUUAUCUUAUUUCGCUUCGUCUUCUGAAUGUUCAUAUUGAUUAUGUCGAGCAAUUUCUCAAUGAGACAAAAACACAUCUACCUCGUCUAACCAAAUUAACAGUCAAUUAUAGUCAAUUAAAAAUUGUCACAAAAAAAUUUAAAAGAGAUACAACACGACUUAAUUGUAUCCAAAUACAAGAAUUAUAUAUCAAUGAAACAAUAAUACAACAUAAAAAAAAUUUCUAUGUUUAUUUUCCACUCUUUUCCAUCUCAUCGAAUAUUCGUCAAUAUCGCUAUAUUGAAAGUCAAACACCCCAUUCACCAUCAAGUCAUUAUAUAAUUAAUCUUCAUUCUUGGAAAUUAACUCAUCAACCACGCGAACCCACUCUUCAUUGGAGUUCUCGGUUUCGUCAGCAACAACAACAACAAUUUGAAACAGAAGAACAAGAAGAAAAUCAAUCAAGUGAAAAUUGGGAUUCGUGGUUCCAACAACAUCAAUCAUCUUUGCUUCUUCCAUUUUCUCAACAUCAACUUUAUUUUCUUGAUCAUUCUCGUCUUACAUCAAUGCCUAAACGUCCAAGAGAAUCUUCAUCACCUAUUCAUAUAUCAAAUAAACGCGAAAAAUAUUCACUGUUCGAAACUAAUCUUCCAAAACGCACAUGGAUCAAUACAAACUAUGAAGAACGUUUAAUUAGAAGUCGUUAUUAUCAUUUUAAUUUUCAUAUAAUGAGCUAUAAUAUUCUUGCUCAAAGAUUAAUUGAAGAUAAUCCAUCUUUAUACGAUAAUUGUCUAGAAAGUAAUCUUGAAUGGCAUCGACGAAAAGAACGUUUAUUAAGGGAAAUAUUAAAACAAGACGCUGAUAUUAUUUGUUUACAAGAAAUGCAAAAAGAUCAUUAUAAACACGAUUUUCGACCAAAAAUGGUUGAUCAUGGAUAUAAUUCAAUUUAUAUAAAACGUUCUGGUGAUAAAUCAGAUGGAUGUUGUCUAUUUUAUAAAACGGACCGACUAAAAUUAAUCGCCAGUAAAACAGUACCAUUCUAUCAGAAGAAUAUUCAAUUAUUAGACAGAGACAACUGUGGUUUAAUUGCUCUAUUUCAACCAAUUACACCAAAUGCUACAUCAGACGAUUUAUUUUGUGUUGCUACAACUCAUCUACUCUUUUCACCAAAACGUGGUGAUAUCAAAUUAGCUCAAAUACAAUAUUUUCUUGCUGAAAUCGAUCAAUUAUCAGUUAAAGAUUCUACUUUAAAUUCUUAUUAUCCCAUUAUUGUCUGUGGAGAUUUUAAUGCACAACCUCAAUCUCCACUUUCAAAAUUUCUAAUCAAUGGGCAUAUUAAAUAUGAUACAUAUCGUUGUAUUGAAAUCUCUGGUCAAAUUCCAGAAUCAAUUGUUAAUAAUCGUUUUUCUUUUCAACUUCCAUCAAAUGAACUUCUACCAUCAUCAUUUGUGACUUCUGAUUGUCGUUUUCCAAAAGAGAUUUCAUCAAACAAAAAAGAUCAACUUAUUUUUCAAACAUAUAUGAAUCGAACAUCAUCAGCGAUAUUAACACAUAAUAAAAAAUUUAAUUCAGUUUAUGAUUUAAAUGAUUUAUCCGAAGUCACAACAUGUAUUGGUAAUGAAUCAAAUUUAGUUGAUUAUAUAUUUUAUACAAAAAAGGAUAAUGAUCGACAUAGAUUAAAUUUAUUAAGUCGAUAUGAUUUAUAUCAACAAAAUCAAUUGUUAAAUCUUCAUUUACCAAAUCAUCAAUUUGCAUCGGACCAUUUUUUGUUAGCAGCUAAAUUUGCUUUAAAAUUGAAAAAGAAAAAAAAAUAA